UGGGCUUCAGACUUCAGCUGGGUGCACUAGUGGGACGCUGUUUCCCUGACACAGAGAUUGUGAUAUCUGAUGUGCAGUGCUGCCUACAAGAGCAUUCUCUAAAAGGAAAACAAAAGCUUGCUGAGAUGUCCUUGUCUGGCAAACCAGUAACAGCACGCCACAGGAGAGGUCCUGCUGCAGAGAUGGACGUACAGCAGGGCAAGCUGGAGUUUUUCUGUAAGCUGGGCUAUGUCAAGCAGGACAUCUUCAAAGUGCUGGAGAAUCUGGGCCAAGAGGCCCUAGAAGAUGAUGUGCUGAAAGAACUGAUCCGGAUGGGGAGCAGACCUCAGGCCCAUGGCAGUCAGGCUCAGCACCCACUCCCAAAACUUGUUGCCCGUGGAUCAUGUAGCACUCUGGCAGUGCCCAAACGGCCUGAAGAGGACACAGCUGACUCUUCCAGUAACUUGAGACCCAUUGUGAUUGAUGGCAGCAAUGUUGCUAUGAGUCAUGGGAACAAAGAAGUGUUCUCAUGCUGGGGAAUUCAGCUGGCGGUGGACUGGUUCAGAGAAAGAGGUCAUAAAUACAUCAAGGUCUUUGUCCCAACCUGGCGAAAGGAACCACCGCGAUUUGAUAGCCCUAUUACAGAUCAGCACAUUCUCGAAGAGCUUGAAAAGCAAUCAAUCCUUGUGUACACCCCAUCCCGCAAAGUGAAAGGGAAGAGAGUGGUCUGCUAUGAUGAUCGCUACAUAGUUAAAGUGGCCUAUGCCAAAGAUGGGGUUAUUGUUUCCAAUGACAACUAUCGGGAUCUCCAGAAUGAGAAUCCUGAGUGGAAGUGGUUCAUUGAGCAGCGACUCCUCAUGUACUCCUUCGUCAGUGACAAAUUUAUGCCUCCUGAUGACCCCUUAGGCCGCCAUGGACCCACUCUCACUAAUUUCCUCAGCAAAAAGCCUGCCCUUCCUGAACCAAAAUGGCAGCCCUGUCCGUAUGGGAAAAAAUGCACAUAUGGCAGCAAGUGCAAAUUUUACCACCCAGAAAGGCAGUAUCAUGCUCAGCUGUCUGUUGCUGAUGAGCUCCGAGCCAAAACAAAGGCUUCCUUGUUAAGCGUGGGGGCAGAGGAAGAGUUGAAGACCACCCCUCCUACAGGCAGAGGCGAGACUGCAUCCCAUGACACUUGCCCCAAGAGGCAGCAGGAAUCCAGUGGCGUGAGGGGCAACAGCUCUGUGCAGAGCUUUACAGUCGAUCCCCACUGUGUGGAGUGGACCCAAAGGAGCUACAUGGAGGAUUCAGUGAGGGCCUGGGCAGACAGGUCUCAAAGCAAGCUGGAACCUGAACAAAGGUCAUUUCUGCAAGACCCAUUGAGAGAUCAAAGGCUCAUAGAAAAGCAGCUCUCCAUGUUAUCACUUGGUGACCAAAUAUACAGUGAAAGUGGGCCAGCAGGCACGUUGCAAGCUGAGGACGGGGUGGACGGUCCCCAUCAGUGCUGGGAUCUUAGACACAGUUCAUACUUCACUCCCCACUGCCACAGUGUGGAAUGCACGUGCUUACAGGGGUGUCAUUUCCACCCAAGUUCUCAUCUGGGUAGGUACCCAGCUCAUGGCGGGGCUCAGCCCUGCUGCAAUAUGCAGAUGCAAGCAGUCCAGAAUCAGCGAAUCCUUUAUGGCCCUGACAGCUCUCAAGCCAGACGAGGCCUGUAUUCUUCCAUGGCCCCCCUGAGCGACCCCUUUCCAUACAGCAAGCAUGAAGAUGCACGGUACCAAAAGUAUUUAUUGAGCCAGCCUCCAGUUCAGCCAUUUCUGUUAGAGUCUGGUAAGCGGUCUGGCUCCUUUCCCAGGGUGGAUGGUUGUCCACAUGGUGAAUUCCGGCAGAGCCGUGCUCCGGGCCCUCUGGCUGGUGAGCGGGCACGCAUCCAUACAGCGCUGUGCUCCAUGUUCCCUUAUAACGAUGUGGAUCGAGUUAUGUCCUUGUACCCUGAUCUUGAGGACGUGUCUAGCUUAAUAUUAUUAAUUCAAAGACACAGGAAUUUAUGAAGCAGUGGAGAUUCUCUCCCUGCUUCGGUGCCUAAAACAGAAGCAAAAAAUGCAGGACACCUCACCCCACUGGGGAGAGCUGUGUCCAGGGAGAGGGAAGGCUCCUGUUCCCUGCUCAGGCAGCAACUCACUGUAUAGCCUUGGGCAAAUCACCUAGCAUCAAGUUGUGACAGGCAGCCACUGGCAUCUGAAGGAGGUGGGAGGGAGGGGACUGUGACUCAGGGAGUAAUUCCCUCCUUGAGGCACAAUCUUUACCAAUUAUAUCAGGUGCAGAGGGACACUGCACAAUCCUUAGGAUUCCCCCUCAGGCAGAAGGUGCACACUGCCAGCCUUUAUGGAGGGGGAGCUGUUGUGUCUUCUCUCCCCCAACUCUUGAGGUGCCAGGUAUCUCUGACCAUGCAGCAGUAAAAAUAGCACCCUGCCCAGCACGCAGGCACCACAAUUGUGGCAGGACUUUGGCAGACUCUUCACCCACUCAGGGCUUUAACUUUUCUCCUCUUUACUUGCUCCUUGGGCUCCUAAUGCUUUGUUACAGGUCUCUGAGGUGGGAAAGUUGAGUUAAGCACCUUUAAAAUGCACAUUAGGAAUCUGUUGGAAGAGGGUCUAGCAUUGCAAAGGUACAUGAGGCAAGGACCAGAUACAAAUUUGUACCUCUGGAUGAUGGACCUACUGAUGCAGACACUUCCGAGAACAGUAGGGUGGAUUUUCACGGAAGGAGGCCCAUUCUUUUUAAGGAAAUCCCCUCAAAAAAUCUGACUUACUUAAGUGUGACAACUGACCAGGGAAGACCACAGGGUAUCAGUACCACACACAAAAAAAAAUUUCUUUGUUUUGCAAAGACUCAUUUUUCUUUGUCUUAACCCUCCAGUUACUCUGCUUAUGUGAUACUAGUUGGCUCGGCAGAGUGAGGCUCUACUUGCCAUUCCUGUGCUUGGCAAAUUCAGAGCAAUGACAGGAAAUAAUGCCCGCUCUUUUACCUACCUGAAAAUCUAUGUCAUUGGAAACCCAGGACAGUUGAUCCCAGAUGUGUUACUGCACAAUUUGAUCUGAUCUGGGGUGGGGGGGCACUUCAGACAAGGAAAAAUCCUUCUUAUUUAUUCUGAGAAAGGAGAUGUAUUCAACUUAAGGAGGAUGAGUCAAACAUCCCUAGGCCCCAGUAUAGUCCAGCUUUAAAAUCCUAGCCUACAGGCUUAGUUACUGCAUUUGAAUAAUUCUCCCUGCAAGCACUGGGCAAAUUUUGCUACGUGGGAGCCCUGUGCAGAUGGACAUUACUUUGUGGACAUAGGCCACCACCGUUAAUCACAUAAUAUGGUAUGUUAUCUAACAGUAGUUCAACCUCCCCACUAUGAGGCAGAUGGCUCUUUAUUGUUCUGCAUCAUCUUAAGUAAUGACAGCACUUAAGUUUCACGCCAGACCAGUUGCAUCCCCAGUGAAUGACUAAAAAAUUUGCUUAGAGACAGGGAGAUCAGAAGUGGAUGCCAAGCAUACUUCAAAAGAGCAUUUUAAACCACCACUCUUGAUCUAAUAAAUACUACCAUCUUAACAGUAAGUGUUAUGCCACACUGUACUUAAGCCAUGAAAAUUAAACUUUGAUUAGGGUCUUUAUCCUAAAGCCCCAUUAGACUUCUCCCUCCCCCUACCUCCCAGGAGACAACAAUAAAGAUAGUGAGCCAAAAACCCAUUAGGUUUUUCAUACAAGAAAAUAUUGACCUUUUAUGUUCCAAAUAGGUUCCAAAUAUGGCCUUGUAAUGUGAUUAUAUAGCUGGUUUGUGGAUAUAACUGUUUAAGCUGUGUUCCUUUGGGACGUGGUUGAUUUUGGUAAGCUGUAAAGCUGCUACUCUAUGCGCAGUUCCAUGUCAUUCUUUAGGUUACAAAAUCUCUUAUCUUAAAGUUGACCCUGGAAGGGUUUUUUUGGAAUUUUACCAAAGUCUGAGUAUGUUUGUGAGAUGUUGUAGGAUUACUGAAGUACAAAUUAAACAUUUUUCAAUCUGGCAAAUAACUUUUUAACCUCAGUUCCUCCAAUUAAUAUGUUUAAACAGAGCUGGCCUUAGGGGUGGGGGAUGUAGGAGAUUGCCCAGGGCAUCACGGACAGGGCACACCCCCCCACACACAUGAUGUCACCCUUUUCCCCAGGGAGCCCUUGUGGCCCCCAGCUGAGCCUGGCCGGCUCAGCAGGGGGAGUGGAGUGGAGGGAGGCCACCCUUCUCCCUUGCUCCCUCUCUCCAGUGUCCACGGUCUGUGAGCGUCCCUCCUUCCAGAGACAGGCAGCUUCCUCUCACCCCUCUGCCUCCAGCAGGAGCUGGGCGACUGCCAUCAACAAUUCAUCAUCUCCCAAAAGCAGGAGUGAGUGUCAGCAGCAAUAACUAGGGACCUACUUAGUUUGCGAUUUCAUGGAAACUGUGAAAUCAGUUGAU